GACUUUCUUUUCUAUAUUGAGGAGUUAAAUCGUCGGUGAUUAGGAUGGGGGUGAAAAAUCAUUUUGAACAAAGAUUAGCAACUUUGUCCACGAGUGUUGCCCUAACUGCUGGCAAUGUGUUCGUUUAUUGAUUCAGAAGUCCACCAGUUUUGCAAGAGGUGAACCUCAAGCAGGCGGUUGCAACUUGUAAAAGUUGUCAGUGUUGGGGGUAAGCAUGAGGUGAAUGUAGCAACCAUAUAUUUGCAUCGUCCCGGGUGACGAUUUUGUUUGUUUAUUCAGAAAGUUUUCCCCUGUGCCAGUGGAGAUAACGAAAACACUAUAAUUGGUGGUCAGUUAAUAAUUAGGGUAAAAAAGCAAUAUCCUUCCGUUUUGCUUUUGGGGUUUCGUACUUUGUUCGCGCGAAUUUCCAUCCAAGCAUGCCGCCCAAACCAAAACCGCAAAAACCGAUCGCGACGGAUAGUAAUGGACGCGGUAUUCAAGUAGGCGUCGACGAAGGUGCCGAAGAACAACAGCAAGAAAAAGCAGCAGAAGAGGAAGAAGCUGCUGUCGAAGAAGAAGAAGAAGAGAUGCUCCUUCUCAAAGACAUCACAGUCAAGUUCCGCAUAUUGAAAUCUCAAAUAGUAACCGAUGCGUAUCCGAAUAUUUACUCCAUCGAAGAAGUCAAAAAAGACGUUUCCGAAAAGUUUCAAAUCCACCCGGCGUUUGUUGUGCUGAAGAAAGCCGGAAGCGCCCGGCAGCUCGACGACGAUCAGCGGCUGUAUGGAUUAUGCGAUAACGACUACGGGGUUAUUGAUAUGGAUCUGGAAUUGACGGAGAAUGCGUCACGGGAGAACAUUCGCCUGGAGCCACAGGUUUACUACAACAACCUCAGCCUUCCGGACAUUAUUACGGUACGAGUUCCUGCCGACGGUUCCCUGGAGGGAAACACUAGCCGUGACCUUGUAGUAGAAAUCGAAAACCUGGCGAUCGUUAAACCUUUUCUAGGUGGAUACAUAGACAAAGUCACCAAGCUUGAAUAUCACGAUGCUUACACCCAAACCGGACCACCGCUUGAAAGGAUCAAAUUUGAUGGAAUCCUUAGUCGAGACACGCAAACGGUCGAGGAAAAAACUGUGGACGUUGACACUCCGUUGGAUCAGGCCACGGCUGUCUAUGGAGGAGCAGUUGAGAAAACUUUUGCGACUCGGUUCACCGAUCGCGUUUUACAGCCCGGACCCUAUGAAACCUACGAAGAGAUGAGCAAACGGAUUAAUUUCGUAGGAAAGGUCACAAUGAUUCAGCGAAACUUUCGACGAUAUCGAUGGCAGAAACUCAUCAGGGAAAGCGCUGCUGAGUGGAGGCGACUCCAGCAAGAGCAAAUGCGUCGAGAAGACAAACGCAUAAAGGUGCAUUCGGAUGAGUACCGGAAGGAGUGCAUCGUCAAAACGUUUCCCAAAACCAAAGAAGAUUUCGAUGCCCUAUACGCACAGAUUCAACACUGGAAGGAAAAUGAACUUAAGCUGAUUUGCGAAAAAUAUUCCGGCGCUCCUAAGAUUGCCGAAAUGAACAUGCUGUUGGAUAAGGAGGUUCAACUUUUAAACGGGAUCGAACGCCAACGUCAAUUAUUAACACAAGAAAUUAAGAAACAGCGCAACGAACAAAAAUUGAAAAAUAUGGGAGAUCCCAUUAAAUGGAUUGGUUACAAGGAACUUGUUAUCCAAAUGGAUACUUUGCGAAAUCAGCGAGCCCGGUAUUUGGGAAAUUAUUAUCAAAAAUUAUCGGACGAGGAUCUAAAAAAUCACGAUCGAAUAGAAUUGUUAAACCAAGUUUCUGAAGUAUUGACCAACGAAGAUCAUCCAGCCAUCGGAGAGGACCAGUUUAACCUUACCACGCCGUUCGGGUCAAUAUGACCCGAAGCAAACUUUAAACUCGUCAUAACUCUUUUGAAAAAAAAAAAUAGAAAAAUAUGAAAUUUGGAACAUAACACUAAAACCAAGAGAUACAUAAUCUAUAUCUGUAGAAAAAGGAACUUCCGGUGCUCCAACUGGCAUGCCGAAAAAACCGUUACACAUUUACCGUUCGGGUCAAUUUGACCCGAGAGUUUUCGCGCGUUCCCUUGAUGAAAUAUGUUAACCGAUUUUGAUGAUUUUAGAUUCAUUGUUUAGGAAAUUUAUUCUAGUUUUCGAAUUAUGUCAUCUCGGAAUUAUUUUUUAAGUUUUGACAUUGUGAAAAAUAAAUCUUUUCAAACAUAUAUACAAAUUGGGGGUCUUGUCUUAUGGAAGUUUCGGCCGUCAACCCGGGAUUUCCGAAAAAAAACUUCAAUUUUUUAAUUUUUGCUUUGAAGCAUUGUAUCUCAUUCGUAAUUGAGCCGAUUUUCAUAAUUCAAAUUUAAGUUUUAUUAUGAAUCAUGAUAAUCAUUUCCACUGAAUACACAAAGUAUCUCAAAUAUUACUGUUAUUUUUAAUAUGAGAAUAAAAACAAGAAGAAAAAAACCGCAGUUUUCGUACCCAGCUGUUAUGAUGCGCGCAUUUCUCAUUUUGUUAUCUUGAUUUCAUUAAAAAAAAUUAAUAAUCCUGCCAACUUUUUAUAAAACCAAUGAUAGAUUCAAAUCUCUACAAUCGAUUGAUAUGCUAUUAAUGUGGUUUUUGCGAAAUUUGUAGCAACGUUUUCAGAAUUUACUAAAAGAUGUCGGAAUUCGACAAAAUUUUCAAAUGUUUUGUAGCAAGCAAGUCAGCAGUUUCAAAACCCCCGGGAGAACUUGAAUCGAACAAAAUCGAUUACUCUCCCGGUCGUGCUCUCGAAAUCUGCCUUCCUUCCUACAGCAAACUGAAGGAAUCGCCCGCAUGGAAGACUACAAAAUUUACAUUUUUCUGAGGUGCAAUGAAUUUAAAAGAUAAUUUCGCCUAAUUUGGGUACCCUGAAUCUAAAUAUGCAAUAUUUCUAUCAGCUAUCAGUUGACUUUUGAA